AUGGGGACGGACCUGCAGCUGCUGUUCGUGGCGGCCAGCGAGGCGCAGAACGACCAGCUGCUGGCCUUCUACCGCUCGCGCGACAUCGACACCAACAGCCGCGGCGAGCUCUGCGUGGACCGCUUCAUCGACGUCUUGGGCCGCAAGAAGGUGGCGGCCAGCGGCUGCAAGGGCUUCCUCGAGAUGAACGUGCUGAGCCCGGCGCUGCUGCAGAAGGUGCUGGUGCACGAGUGGCAGGCCGAGCAGCAGUGGCUGGACACAGCGCUGGCUACCAAGCGCACUAAGACGUUCCUGGAGUGGAAGGAGGCGGCCAAGGCGGCGCGCAAGGAGCGGAGGAAGAGGGAGGGCCAGGAGAAGCAGCAGGAGCGACAGGCCAAGCGGCUCAAGAAGGAGCAGGAGGAGGCGCAGAAGGAGGACGAGGGAGGAGACGAAGGGGAGAAGAAAAAGGAAGAGGAGAAGAAGCAGGAAGAUGAGACGAAACAGGAGAAGAAGACGACGCCGUCCCCGCAGAAAAAGAAGCAGGAGCAGGAGCAGAAGCCGAAGCAGCAACAGAGACCCAAACAGCAGCCGCAGCAGCGUCCGACUGGUCAGAAGUCGAAGCCGCCGCAGCAAAAGCAGCAGCAGAAUGCGUCGGGACCGAAGAAAAAUAAGAACAAGAACAAGAAGCGGCGCAACAAGCAGGCAGGGAAUAGAGUAGAGUCCUAA